AUGCUGCAUCAUUCUCCAGAACAAACUUAUGUCGAUAUGAUGUUUGCUGCCAGUAAUUAUUAUGCAAGCUGGGAUCCUUUACGACCUGUGAGGCUUGGAGAUUAUGGCAUUUUGCAAGAAGAUGGCUCUUUCGCCGAGUCAGGCAACAUCUUUACGGAUGGGAUAGCAGAAAAGUAUAAUAUCUCGCUUGAAGACUGUGGGACCGAUAAAUUACGCUGGGUCGAAGCGAUCCAUUCGAAGGAGAGAAGAAUGACUGCACACGUCAUGAGUGGCAACCCGCCCAUCAUGGAAGUUGGAUUGAAGAAAACAUUUUCUAUAACCAGUCACCGCGGAGCAAUUCUAGUGAUGCUCGAACCCAAACUGAGCCGCCUCACCUACCCUGGUCGACUCAGCAAGCUUAUCCACUCCGAACAUUUCAAUGAUGAGCAUGUGCUAGUGACCGAGGUGUAUGCGUGCGAGUCGUACGCCCGUCUCCUCGCUCCACACCAGGAGUCCAGCGUCGAGAUAGCCCUGACCGCCUCGUCUGCUGGUGGAGCAGUUGGUGGAAAAGGAAGCAUGGAAUGGAAGACAAGUGCUAGCAGCUGCGACUUCAAAUCUGCGCACGAUUCUGACGACGGCAAAGUGCAUUAUCCCCUUUUUCGGCUCUGCGGACGGAAACACAGGCACAAAUGUAUGCAUCUGUGGCACGCGCAUCGUGCCGUGGUCGAGCUGCCCCCGCCGACGAAGCACUCGCCAUUUGGACAAAUUUUCCAUCAUCGGGAGAAUACCACGCCAUCAGCCUCGAGAUAUAUCGAUGAACAUGAACAUGACAUCCACGCUAACGAGCGGUACACCUAUGAUCAGGAUGGACAACAUGGGCAUUGCGGGUGCGGUUUUCGUAGCGAAAACGUUGAUGUUGUGGGAGGGGUUAUUAAAGAUGACAGUGCGUGGAAGCCUGACGCUGACGCGGGUCGUGAUGUUGGGCAGCGAGCUCGUGUCCAGAGUACCUCUGAUGGGAGACGCAAACCGCAACAAUAG